UUAUAGGUUGGAGACCAAAUGGAUUCUGUUAAUGUGACGAUGCCUUGUGCCUUUCAGACUAUGCCUUUGAAACCUUUUCCAAAACAAACGAAACAUUUAGAUAUUUUUCGUUUCUUGUCACCCCAAACGCGUAUCGCUUUCACGACAAGACGUUGUUUUCGUCUAGUAAGUUGUUUGGAGACAAACACACACGCGAAAAUAUUGGAUGGAAAGGCCACAGCACAACAAAUAAGAAACGAACUAAAGACAAAAGUGGAUGCUUUGUACAAGCUGUAUGCAAUGCGUCCAGGUUUGGCAGUCGUUCUCGUAGGCAGCAGAAAGGAUUCUCAAACUUAUGUCCGAAAUAAGCACCGUUUUGCCAAGGAAGUUGGUUUGGAAUCGUUUAAUCACGACUUGCCAGAAUCAGUAACGGAAGCACGUUUGUUACAAGUAAUCGACGAACUGAACCAAGAUCCACGAGUCCACGGCAUUUUGGUGCAGUUACCACUCCCUGCACACAUAUCGACCGAAAAAGUGUUACAACGUAUAGACGUAUCUAAAGAUGUUGAUGGCUUCCAUGCGGAAAAUGUGGGACGUUUGUGCACUUUGAAAGGGGAACCUGGAUUUAUUCCUUGUACUCCACAAGGCUGUUUAGAGUUGUUGGAUCGUUAUAAUAUACAAAUUCAAGGAAAGCAUGCAGUUGUAUUGGGCAGAAGCAAUAUUGUAGGUAUACCUGCUGCCAUGUUGUUGUUGAGAAGAAAUGCAACCGUUUCAAUUUGUCAUUCGUUCACUGAAAAUCUAUCAGAGGAGGUUUCUAAAGCAGAUAUCUUAAUUGCAGCAAUUGGUAAACCGGAAUGGAUAUCUGGACAUUGGUUGAAACCCAAUAGUGUUGUAAUUGACGUUGGUAUCAACGCAGUGAAGGACGUCAAUACUAGUCGAGGUUAUCGGUUGGUUGGUGAUGUUCGAUGGGAAGAAGCUUAUCCUCGAGUACGUUGUAUCACUCCUGUUCCUGGAGGAAUUGGACCCAUGACCGUUGCGAUGUUAUUAAAGAAUACGGUUAAGGCUUUUGAACAAAGGACGAGAGGAGAAUCUCUUUCCAAAUAAUAAGAAAAGUUGUAGAGUAAUUUGAUUCAAAUGUUAUUUCUUUCAUGACUCUAGAAAAGUAUCAUAAAAUAGACAUCUUUCAAUCAUUCUACUUUGUUUCCAAAGAGAUUCCAUUAGACUAGUGGCUGAAUGAACGUUUUCUUCUUCAU